GAUGGCGACUCAGUUGUCUUGGAUUUGUAGAAAUAUUUUUAUUCACAGAAGUUUCCAAACCAGCUUAACUCGAAGAGGAACGGGGUUUUCUUCCAGAAACUAUCACCAUUAAUCAUUGUCACACAUGAAAACGUUUCUAUUCUACAAAAUGCUUUAGACAAGAGCUUUCUUGAUUUUAUACGUGUCGCGUACGGACUUCAGUUUGUUAGAACCCGCCACGAAUUAUCAUGGAUCUUAACAAAGUCACUAGCUACUCAGCCGCAAUGUUUGAUCGGCUCAAAAGUGCGGCAAAGAACGCCACCGUCACAGCUGUUUCUGCGACUGUAAGUGCAGUCGGCGCUGUGGGUUCGUUGAUUGGGAACCCCUUGACUAAAGACUUUGACGUUGGCAAGCAUGUAGCAAGCUUUGGCCCCAAUUUAGCGUGGAAAAUAUACGAAGGAAAAAAGCGAACAACCGGUCAGGAAGUCUCCCUGGUUGUUUUUGAAAAGAAGCUUCUGGAUAAAGUAGACAAACGAGACAGAGAUAUUGUAAUGGAGACAAUGAAAAAAGGACCAGUGCAGCUUACAAGACUUAGACAUCCACGACUGUUGGUUGUUCAGCAUCCUUUGGAAGAAUCCAAGGAUUGCUUAGCCUUUGCCACCGAACCAAUAUUUGCAAGCCUGGCAAAUUUGCUGGGAAAACAUGACAACAUGCCAUCUCCUCCUCCUAAUGAUUUCAAGACCUUUGAACUUUAUGAUGUUGAAAGGGUCUAUGGAUUAUAUCAGCUUGUGGAAGGUUUAACUUUCCUUCACAAUGAUGCAAAGAUUCUUCAAGCAAGCCUUGCACCUGAAAUGAUAGUCAUCACAAAGAAUGGUCAGUGGAAAAUUGCUGGGCUCUUCUUCAGUUCCACACCAGUUGUCAUUGAUGGACAGUCCGCUUAUAAUGCCGGGCAGUGGGAACCCCGCCUCUGGCCAUGGGCGCAGCCUGAUCUCAAUUAUGCUGCCCCAGAAUAUAUCUUGUCCAGGUCAUGUGACUUGUCAAGCGACAUGUUUUCCUUUGGAGUUCUCAUCUAUUCCAUCUACAACAAAGGAAGGCCACCCUUUGACUGUGACAACAACAUGACUACAUUCAAAAGAAAUGUAGAACAGAUGUCAAGGAACAGUUCAACACCGCUCGGUUCUGUUCCAAAAGAAGUUCAAGAGCAUGUCAGAAAUUUACUCAGCAUCACCACCACGCUUAGACCAGACGUUCACAUGAUGUCCAAGAUAUCUUUCUUUGAGAAUGUGGCAGCCAUGACAUUACAAUACCUGGACUCAUUAGUACAGCGAGACGAUAUGGCCAAGUCACAGUUCUUUAGGGGUCUUUACAAAGUCAUGUCAAAACUACCAAAGCGUGUCGUUAUCCAAAGAGUGUUGCCACAGUUGUGUUUGGAAUUCAGUAAUCAUCAGAUGAUACCGUUUGUCCUGCCUAAUGUGCUUCUGAUUGCCGAAGACUGCACUGUGCAAGAGUUUUGUGAUCUCAUUCUUCCAGAAUUAAAGCCUGUUUUCAAGAUACAAGACCCAAUUCAGGUGGUGAUCAUCUUCCUUCAGAAGAUGGAUAUACUACUGGCUAAAACACCAAAGGAUGAUGUAAGGGAUCAUGUGCUGCCCAUGGUCUGUAAGGCACUGGAGGCUGCUGAUGUACAGCUACAGGAAAUGGUAUUAAGCAUCAUUCCGUCAUUUUCAAACAUGAUUGACUACUCAGCCAUGAAAAACUCCAUCAUUCCGCGCAUCAAGAACCUCUGUCUUCAGACGACAUCUUUGAGUAUUCGAGUGAACGCGCUGGUGUGUCUAGGGAAGAUGUUGGAACAUCUUGAUAAAUAUGCAGUAUUGGAUGACAUCAUCCCACUCAUGAAUCAGAUUCCUUCCAGAGAGCCGCCCACACUAAUGGCAAUCCUAGGUAUUUUUAAGCAAACGAUGAUUCACAAGAAGCUUGGUAUGGACAAGGAUUAUUUGGCGACAAAAGCGAUUCCGUUUCUGUUUCCCUUGGCAGUGGAACCGGGACUUAACCUUUCUCAGUUUGGUCAGUACAUGAAACUAAUCAACGACAUGGUGAAACGUGUGGAAACUGAACAUCGCACAAAGCUAGAGCAACUCGGCAAGAUGCAAGAACAGACCAAAUCCUCUUUAAAAUUUGUCCAAGAGGUGCAAGAAGCCAAAGCUAUGGACGAUCUGAUGAAUAAGAUAGACAAACUCAUGGGCGGGAGUCCUGGAACCGAGCACACGGGCACAGAGACAGGUAGCAGUGGUAGUUCGUCAUCUUCAUCAAUUUCUGCCGGGGCGACAAAAUCCGCGGAGUUCAACAGAACGUUUGGAUUACCGGAGAAUCCUGCGCCUUCAAAAGGCGCUUCUCUUAACGGAGAUUUGUUGGGUGUCGACGAAUUUUCAAUGCUGCAGCCUUCGAAACAGAAACAGGAUGGCCAAACAAACCGAACAACGCAACAAAAGUCCACACCUACGAAAAAGCCUAUGGUAUCAGGAUCCUCAUUUUCUGCGCCCUCUCGGCCCCCUCAAUCUUUGGUCACCUCUUCCAUCUCGCAUCCUGGCACCUCCAGUUUUGGUUCUUCGAUGGGCUUGUCUACAUCUUCUUACGGAAUGGCGGGGGUAAAUUCGGGCAAUACCGGAAUGGGUUCUGGAAUGACUGGGUAUACAGGCAUGUCCAGCAUGAACACUGGCAUGACAGGAUUAUCAACUUCCGGUAUGAACUCUGGCAUGGCGGGAUUAUCAACUUCCGGUAUGAACUCUGGCAUGGCGGGAUUAUCAACUUCCGGUAUGAACUCUGGUAUGACUGGACUGUCAAGUAAAACCCUGACAAUGUCGGGAUCAUUCGGGAUGAAUCCCGUGGGUUCUUCACCGCGGUAUCCCUCUGCGGGAUUGUCUGCGGGAAAUCAAACUAAAAGCGGGAGUGGAUCCACCGCACUGGACUCGCUAUUCGCGCCCGAGUUAGGACAUUUACAGAACAAGAAUAAACCUUCUAUGAAUGCUUUGCAGUCACAGCAAGCGGGAAUGCAGGCUGGAAUGAAUCCAGGAAUGAAUCCAGGUUUUGGAGGAGCAAGGCCCAUGGCUCCGCAGCAAUAUGGCGGAGGCAUGAUGACGUCUUCAUCCGGGAUGUUUCCAAUGCAACAACAGCCGUUGAUUGGUGGAAUGAGCAGCCAGCAAUAUCAGUACCAGGCUCCGAGGAAUCAAACACCCAUGAACAAUAGAAAUGACUUGCAAGAUCUGUUUGGUUAACAACUGAAGUCACUUUUGUCAUAAAGGGAAAAACAGGUCACGGGUAAAAAAGAGUAAAUGAAAUUCGUCGAGUUAGAAAAGCUCGGUAAAUAUAUUUGGUCUUUUCUUAUUUGCGUUCCUUAUUGAAAUUCGGGACGUAGAGCUUAUCGACGAGGUAAAUGAGUUUUUACUGGCCAAGCCAGAUUAGAACUAUUUCACUCGCAGUGUGAAACCUAUACAUGUAUAAUGAGGAUGAAAGCUUAGUAUUUGAAUGAGUAAUGAGCACGAUAGAGGCCAAGAAAUACGGGCAACGAGGGCAGAACUUCACUUCGCGCAAUAUGUUGCCGCAACUGGCAAGGUUUCACAUAGGGCUAGAAUUUGAAACUUUUUGCGCUCUUUAAAGUGAGAUGGAUGGUAAAAAAAGACCUGUGUGUGCGACAAAUUUGCGGUUUAUCUCACUGUGAGAACGUUAAUCGAGAAUUUUACAAAUUUUACUAGUUGGGAAGUGAAUUGUUAAGGGAACUUAUUUAUUCUUGUCGUUUUGCUUUCUUAAUGCAACCGGUCAGAAUAGAGAAUAAAUUAUAAGGAUAGAGAAUAUACAAAAGUACUAUUUAAACUGAAAGACUGUUUGCUAUUAUGAGUUUGGUGUUCGUGUAGUUGUAAUUUAUCUUGUACCUAUACCCCACUUUGCAAAUGAAGGCGAGUGAUCUGGGUACAAGAGUCCCCUUAUCUCGUCCUGGGGAGCUUUUCUCCGUUCAAGCCGUCGUUCAAAUAUUAAAAAGAGGAAAAGCGCACCGGGGACUGGGUUGAAGAUUCCAGGUAUCGUUUAGGUGCUUCUAGACUCUUGAGUACAGGAUUGGUAAGCUGACAUUAUACCUUGCCAUGGACUGCUGAUCAACCUUUAAUUUCUCGUCAGAAGAUCAAUGCAUUGUCUACAGACGGAUAAUGAGAAUAAAGGAAUGAUCAUUCAGCACUGGAAGGAAUGUCUUACAAUUCAUUCUCACCCAGUCUUCUUCACCAGAUGUCUAUACUGUGGAGCCUAGUCCUCAUGGGUUCUAGGUUCAGAGAGGUCUGGACUCUAUUAGCCUUGCACGGUCAUAGAAACUAAGGUGUAGGCUGUAUGGCAUGAAACUAAUUCAUUAUGCGAUUAAUGUGCAAAUGAUCUUUUAUUUUAUCUUUUUACAGUACAUUUAAAAUG